GAGGGCUCGAGCGGGGCCGGGCAGGCGAGAGCGCCCUGGAGUGGCAAGAGCGCCGUUUCCGGUUGUCAUGGCGGCGCCCAGCGCGGGGCCCGGGCGGGUUCCUCCCGCGGGGAUGGAUGCCGCCCUGCAGAAGCUGGUGCUGCGGCAGAAGAAGGUGCUGAAUGCCGAGGAGAUGGAGCUGUACGAGCUGGCUCAGGCGGCCGGCGGCGCCAUGGACCCCGACGUGUUCAAGAUCCUAGUGGACCUGCUGAAGCUGAACGUGGCACCACUCGCCGUCUUCCAGAUGCUCAAGUCCAUGUGUGCCGGGCAGAGACUGACCAACGAGUCCCAGGACCCAGUGGCCAUGCCGGCUCCUUCAGCCAGCAUGCCAGAGAGCAGAGCGGCCUCCUUUCUUUCUGCCAAGAACCGUAGCCCCCCUGCAAGGCCCUCCUUUUCCUCGGCCCCCCAGCCUGCGUCCUCCCCGGCGCUGCUCCACGGCCCGGAUGCUACCUACUCGCCUCUCUCUCCAGGGCCCCCGGGGUCCCUCCGCCUCUCUUGCUGCCUGUUCUCUCCUUUCGCAGGGAGAAACAAAGGCAGCACUGCCCUCGGUGGAGGCUCAGCACUGGCAGAACGCAGUAGCCGAGAAGGUUCCAGCCAGAGGAUGCCCCGACAGCCCAGUGCAACCAGACUGCCCAAGGGGACUGCGACAGGGAAGAGCCCCCCUCGAAGCAGUACCUGAAGGACAGACUGCUCCCAACAGGGGCCUCAUUCCCUGUGGUUGUUAAUAAAUCAUUCUGUAAAAUAGAGGGUCCCACUCAAGACACCCUGUCACCUCUUAUGUAUAUAUAUUAAGGUACAAAGAUGUAGAAUGUGUUGUGUGCUAUAGCUGAUGUAAUCAAGAGACUUGAAACAGGUCUGAGAAAUUUAUUAUGUAUUUCUAAGUGUUUCAUAAUAAACCAACAUCCUUGUUUU